AUGACGCCCAAUUCACUCGCCGCCGCCGCCGGCGACGUUACUCUUCAGGCUAUUUGCCACGAGGGCGGGUCUCUCGAGCUCCUUGAUCAGAGAAAGAUUCAUCUGGAGACCAUUUACUCUGACAUUAAAGAUUCAUCUAAUGGACGCUUCACUUCUUCCAAAGCUUCUGCUCAGCAACACUACGACACGUCGGAUUGCGCUGCGCCGAAUUCUACCUCUCCUGGUUCCAGAUACACCUGCAACACAACGUCAAGCAGCAAUAGUUCUUGCAGCACAUUUCUGUUUUUCAGGGCUACCCGGCAAUUCAGAACCUUGGCAAGCAUCUCAGAGUUGUUAAACAGCAGCGUCGACUCGAUGCAGCAUCUGAAUGGAGGAGUUGCAUCAUCAAUGGAGGUUCUUGAUCCGGGCAGGGAAGUUGUUGUUCCUGUGCAGUGUUCAUGUUCUGGACAGUACUUUCAGACGGAGUUGGUGACCUACACAGCUCAUUUGAACAACACCAGUGUAGCAGAUGUGGCAUGUUCGGUGUUCGAGAGCUUGGUGACGUAUAGUACAAUCAUGGAGGCAAAUGGUUUCGACACGGAUCAAGUGGUAGCUGGUACUGUCAUUCACCUGCCUCUCAAAUGUGCUUGUCCUGAUCUUCGUGAUGACAAUUCGACCAAUGGAGGAUUGAACUACCUUGCUACGUAUCCUGUGUUUGAAGGUGACAUGCUGCGUGAAAUCGAUGACAAAUUCGGGAUUUCAGGUGAGGAUUUGUUCAGAAUCAAUGGCCUCGAUCCUUGGACUACAAUCUACCCCAACACGACCCUCCUGAUCCCUUUGAAAGAAAUCUCGGUGAGGGUCAACAUGACUAGUCGCGUUUCUUCUUCACCUCCACCAGCUCCAGUCUUUCUCCCCACGAUCAUCGUCGAGAGGCGUUCAUCGAGCAACAAUUCGAGGUUAAAGAGAAGCUUCUACAUCACAGGAUCGGUUAUUGUGUUUUUCAUUUCAGUCGCUGCAAUGUUUGCUUUCGGUAUGCACAUGAAUGGUAGGAGGAAAGAGAAGAUCCAGAAGCUGCUUUCAUUCAACACCAGCAUCUCUCAACUAACCUGCUCCACACCGAAAAGUUCAGCCACGGGUUUAACUCCAUGUUUGUCACCUGAUCUUCUAGUUGGGAUCAAGUACUCGUUGAGAAGUUACAGCACAGAUGAGCUGAGGAUAGGAACAAAGGAUUUCAGCGACGAGAACAAGAUUGGAGAUGAGGGUUACAAAGCGUUGAUCGACGAUGUUGAAGUGAUGGUGAAGCCAAUGAUGUUUGACGACAUAAGGCAAGUGGUUGAUAUUCAUUCUAGGAUCAACCACAUCAACAUUGUUGCGUUGCUUGGUGUGUGUUAUGAUCAUGGAGACGACUCAUGCAUUGUUCUCGAGCUGCCUAGCAAUGGCUGCUUGAGAAAUUGUCUAGCGAAUCCAUCAAGCCACCUUAGGUGGAAUAGAAGAACACAGAUAGCAUUCGAUGUAGCUACAGGACUUCACUACCUUCACUACUGCAUUUUUCCUUCGUAUGCUCAUAUGAGUGUGAACACUAGGAACAUUUUUUUGACCUCGAAUUGGAGGGCCAAGCUCACGAAUAUCAGGACCAAUCCCAGCAGUGGCCAUAGUCCAAGUCACAAAGGGUGGUUGGCUCCUGAGUAUAACGGGUCAGCUUCUGAUAAAGUUGACAUCUUUGCAUUUGGGGUGGUCCUACUAGAGCUGAUAUCAGGAAGGGAGGAUACUGAUGGAACUUCAUUCAAGGAAUCACUUGGCUUCCUUGGAGGUGGAGCUGGUGAAGGGGGAUGUUUCGAACGGCUGAGGAGCUUCGUCGAUCCAUGUCUAGAAGGAAACUAUCCACUCGCGGAGGCUCUAUGUCUGUCUGUUUUAGCAAAGGCAUGUGUGGAGGAUGACCCUUUGCAUCGGCCUUCCAUGGAUGAUAUCCUCAAAGUUCUCGUCAGGAUGGUAUGA